UCAUUUUUGUGAUUCCUGCGGUUUCUGCUUCUCCAGUAGACAAAAAUGUAUUCCUCUAGAGGGGGUAACGCUUACGGGCAGCAGUCAUAUGCGGCAAAACAGGCAUAUGGGCAAAAUUCUGGACCUUCUUAUUCUGGAAGUUCAGUUGUAGGCCCUGAUGGAGGGUCUCAACUUUCUGUUCCUUCUCGGCAUUUGUCUCUGCUUGGUGCUUCCCAAGAAGCAGAUGUUGGUGGAUAUAGAGCCCAUCCUUCAGCUGCUGCCCACUAUGGGGGACAAUAUGGUGCUGUUUAUGGCUCAUCUGCUUUGAGUACUGCUCAGCAGGUUGCCACAAUGAGUGGCAAAUUAGCCGGUUCGUCUGGCCUUCAAGGUCGUGGUGGUUAUGGAUCAACUAUGGCAGAGUCCCCUAAGUUUGCAUCUAGUGACUAUGUCCCGUCGUCAAGCCAUGGGUAUGGUCACAAAGGUGAUCAAUUCUCCUCAGGGAAGAUUUCUGAUUAUUCUUCAUUGGACAGACGACAGUAUGUUGACCAUCAAAGUGCUUAUAUUGAGAGGGAGUUGCAAAGUGAGUCAAGUAGACGGUUCACUGAUCCUGUUGGUCUUGGUCAGCCUGAGAUUUUCGAUCAUAUUGAUCAGGCAUCAUUGCUACGACAACAACAAUUACUGAAAGCUCAGUCUCUACAAUCUGCUCCUAUAGAUGGGGUUGCUAGCAUACACAUUUCUGGCAGAGCAAGUGAUUAUCUUGCAGCAAGGGAUGCUGCUAUUCGUCAUGCAACCCAAGAUUUUAGCUCCUAUGGUGGAAGAAUGGAUUCUGAUCCUCGCAAUUUAUCAAUGCUUAAUGCUUCUUAUGAUGGAAAAAAUCCGCCAUCAAUCCUCGGUGCAGCUCCUCGGAGAAAUAUUGACGAUCUCAUGUAUGCACAAGGUUCAAGUUCAGGUUAUGGUGUGAGCCUGCCUCCUGGUCGAGACUAUGCCACUGGAAAAGCACUUCGAGGUGCUUCGCCUGAGUCUGAUUAUCCAAGUAGUGUGUUGUCACGUGGUGGGCAUACAAGCCUUGGAGGAUCCAGGAUUGAUGAAAGAAAGGAAGACAGGAUUGGGCUUCGUCGGGAGCUUGAGAUAAGGGAGGAGGAGCGUCGUAGGGAGCACAUGCGAGAGAGAGAGAAAGAGCGAGAAAGGGAGAAGGAGCGGGAGCGGGAGCGGGAACGAGAAAGAGAAAGAGAGCGUGAAAGGGAACGCCUUCUGGAGCGCCGGAAGGAGAGAGAAAGAGAACGCAAACGUGGGCUUGAACUUAGGCGUGAACGGACUACACCAAAGAUCAUUAGGGACCGACACGGUUCCUCACUGUUGAGGAAUGCGAGACCUAAACAACGAGAUUCUCCCCGUCACGAGGCUUUGCAUAGGCAUCGUACACCUGUUAAAGAAAAAAGGAGAGAGUAUGUCUGCAAGGCUUACCCAUUCUGCGUUGUGGAUGUUGAAAGGGAUUAUUCAUCCGUAAGUAAGCAAUAUCCAAAGUUGUCAAUUUCUCCAGAGUUCUCCAAGGUUGUGGUUUACUGGCCAAAGGAGAAUCUGAAGCUUUCGUUACAUACUCCUGUCAGCUUUGUGCAUGAUCUUGUUGAAGUAGAGGGCAGAGCUGAGCAGCAGGAGUCUUCCACUGAACCAUUAGCUGAAGAAUCGAGGAAGUCAAAGUGUGAAAAUAUAGUGUGGAAUGCCAAGGUGGUUUUGAUGAGCGGUAUCAGUAAAGAUGCCUUGGAGGAGCUAUCUUCUGAUAACAGUUCUGAUGACCGAAUACCACAUUUAAAUAACAUCUUGAGGUUCGCCAUUCUCAGACAAGACCGUUCCUUUAUGGCAAUUGGAGGCCCUUGGGAUGUUCUUGAUGGUGGGGACCCAUCGGUUGAUGAGUCGUCCUUGAUUCAGACGGCUCUUAGAUGUGCAAAGGAUUUAGCCCAACUUGAUUUACAUAACUGUCGGCAUUGGAAUCGUUUCCUUGAGAUACACUAUGAGAGAGUUGGCAAGGAUGGGCUGUUUAGCCAUAAAGAGGUUACUGUACUGUUUGUUCCAGAUCUAUCAGACUGCCUACCUUCCUUGGAAGAGUGGAGAGACCAAUGGAUGGCACACAAGAAGUCCAUAGCUGAGAGAGAGCAUCAGCUUGCUUUGAAAAAAGAGGUGUUCAAGAAGGCCAUAGCUGAGAAAGAGCGUCAGCUUGCUUUGAAAACUGAGAAGAAAUCUGGUGAGAAGAAAGAAGUGGUUAAAGGGGAUCAAAGUCACAGUAAACCAGAUAAGAGCACUGAUUCCAACAAAAAUGCAAAUGCUGAAGGUAGUUCAAAAAAAGAGGGAAAAGAGGAAGAGAAAGCAUUACAUAUUACAGCCUCCGAAAAAGCAGUUGAUGUAAACAAAACCAAGAAGGAUGCUGGUGAUGAAAUUGAAGUAAAUGCCACUGUGGGAGAUGUUGCAGGUGACAGGAAAAUUGGAGGGAAAGAUGGAGAAGCCAGUGGGGAAGACAAGCAUGUUGAAGAGGAACAAGACAAAACUUCUGUUGCCCAAGUAACUGUGGUUCAGAAACCUGGGAAAAAAAAAGUUGUGAAAAAGGUUGUUAAACCAAAGGCUGCUGAUAAGAAAGGUGGCAUGGAGGAUACUGUCAGCAAACAAAAUGAGAAGCUUGACGGGAAAGAUGUUGGAGACAAGCAAGUUAAACCAGAAAAUAGUGUUCAACAGGAUGAGAGUUCUGCUGAUCCCUCUGGCGUUAAAACUUUUACUAGAAAGAAAAUUAUAAAAAAAGUUACUGUUGGGAGGACCUCUCAGAAGGGAAACAAAGGAGGAACUUCUGGUGACCAGGAAGCUGGGGUGAAAGCUGAGAAAGAAGUGGACAGUCAAGAAGAUAGUGUGAAGGGUAAGGUAUAUCCCAAUGAUCCUUCUUCUGUGCAGGAAACUGGUGUGAAAACAGUUGUAAAAAAGAAAAUCAUUAAGAGGGUGCCUAAACGGAAGGCUACCAGCACUGGAGAUAAGGGUGGUGAUGUGGAAAACAAGAAAGAUGGUGACAAGGAUGACAAUAAGAUGACCAAAAAAGGAAGUGAAACAGAGAAUGUGACUGAAGUAGUUGCAAAUACAGACAAGCAGGUGGCUGAGGUAAACAAAUCAGAGAAGAAAAAUAGUCCCAAAAUAGAAACAAGUAAAAAGUCUCUUGAGGUGCGAGGUGAUGGUGUUGCAAAUUCCAGUGAGAGAGAAAUCAAGCCAGAAAAAGAGGGUAAAAAGGAGGACAAGGAAGCAGAUAAUAAAAAGGAGCCUGGAGCUAAAGUGGAGGCUGGGGUUUCAAAGGAAAAGGUUCCUAGUAAGGAUAGUCAUGAUGGCAAGAAGGAAAGGAUGAAAAAUGAAAAGGAAAAAAGUAACAGAGAUGGAAAAGAUGAAUCCAGGAGCAAGCCAAGUAAAGAAUUGAAAGAGAAUGAAAAUCCUGAGGAACCUCCCCAGCAUCCUGGCAUGUUUCUAAAAACCAAAUGGAAUGAAGAGCCUAAGCUUCGUUCGUUGUCACUUUCAUUGGACUCACUCUUGGAUUACAGUGACAAAGAUAUUGAGGAAUCAACGUUUGAGCUUUCAUUAUUUGCGGAGUCACUGUAUGAAAUGCUUCAGUACCAAAUGGGUUGUCGUAUUUUGGUUUUUCUUCAGAAACUGCGACCAAGAUUUGUGAAGAAAAGAAAUCAACGAAAAAGAUCACGCAAUGACAACCCGGAGAAAGAAAAUGAUGAGGACAAGGCUUUGAGGAAGCGGUCUAAGACAACUGGUGAACCUUCUGUGGAGAAUGAAUCUGCAAAACCUGAAGAGCCAGAUGCUCCUAAUCCAGAUGGUGAAGAAACAAUGGCCAAGGAAGGGGAUGCUACCGCAGAUGUGGCUGAGGAGUCCAAGGUGGAGAAUGAAACAGAUGAUGAGGUAGAAGAAGAUCCAGAGGAAGAUGUGGAUGAAGAUGAGGAAAUGAAGGAUGUUAGCCCACAGAAUGACUCACCUACAGAGUUUGUUCUGCAGGCUGGUGAUGCAGAGGCUGAUCCCAAGGAAUCGAGUGAUGUUAAGGAUGAAGUGAAGGAGUGUGCGGAGGAGCAGAAGGCGGGGGAGAAGAUUGUUGAGACAGAGGUUAGGUCUGAUCAGGAUAAAAUAGAAAAAGAUAAAGAUGUAGAGAUGGAGACAGAUAAGAAUGCAAAUCCAGUUGUCAACAAAGAAUUAUUGCAGGCUUUCAGAUUUUUUGAUCGAAAUCGGGUGGGCUUUCUCAAGUUUGAGGAUCUGAGAUUGGUUCUUAAUAAUUUGGGAAAGUUCCUAACCCCCAGGGAUGUAAAGGAACUUGUGCAGAGUGCACUUUUUGAGAGCAACAGAGGGAGGGAUAAUCGCAUACUUUACAAUAAGCUGGUGAGGCUAUCUGACAUUUGAUUUGAUAGUGUAGGUAGGUACUCAACAAUAAUUUUUUAAAGCCGUCUGCAAUUUGAGAUUACUUGGAUCCUUGUGGUAAUUUUUAUGCAAGUUUGUGGGUAAGAGGAUAAAGAUUUUCAGAUAUUUUCUUUGUCAACCCCGUUUUCUGCUCAAGGCCCUUACAGGAGUAGAGGAGAUUCUUCAAUUAUACUUGAUAUAUAAUUUUUUCUUUAUCCCCUUAAAUUAUCAUUACUUUUCUUCUUUCUUUGUACUCUUUGAUUUGCACAAAAAUCAGUGUUUCUUGUGUUAGUGAGUAAUUGAAGUUUCAGCCAUUGUAUUAUAAUUGCUUGCAAUGUAUCGUGCUGCAUGCCUUCAUC